GUCUCUUACAUAUAUAGCCGUAACGGCACAGUUUACGUUGCGGCACGUUCAGCAGAGAAAGCAAAGACUGCGAUAUCUUGGAUCAAGGAACGCCAUCCAAAUGCAACUGGUCAGCUGCAUUUCCUCAAGCUAGACCUCAAUGAUCCACGAGGGAUCAAGUCUUCCGCCGAAGAGUUUCUGAACAAAGAAAAGAGAUUGAAUGUGCUUUUCAACAAUGCCGGCGUUAUGAUGCCACCU